AUGUCAUCCACAACUGUUCUCACCGAGACGGCUCCCGUUAAGCUUGCCUUGGCGUUCGACACCAAGAUCCACGAACAGGUAAGCCAGCCAGACCGAAUCUUUUCCAAGCAUCUCACCCGUGACCAAGCUCACCCCGGCAUCGGCACCGAGAUCCGCGGAUUGCAGCUAUCCCAGCUGGACGACCGUCAACGCGACGAGCUCGCGCUGCUCAUCGCCGAGCGCGGCGUCGUAAUCUUCCGCGGACAAGACUUCAAGGACAUUGGCGUGCAGAAGCAAAAGGAUUUUGCAAACUACUUUGGCCCGCUCCACGUCCAUCCUGUCGGUGCCCACGUCAAGGGCCACCUCGAAUACCACAACAUCUACCUUGGGCCGGAUAACGAGUACCGAAGCAGGCUCCGCGAUAAUAGGCUUACCACUACCGGAUACCACUCAGAUGUGUCAUACGAACACCAACCGCCCGGAAUCACCAUCUUGACGCUGUUGUCCACCCUCCUAGAGGGACUCCGCGCAGAACACAGUGGGUUCCCGCAAGCUGAGAAUGCCCGACGCGACGGAAAGUUCGUGCGAAGGGAGCCGAUAAAGUCGGAGCACCCCAUCGUCCGCGUUCAUCCCGCUACUGGCCAAAAAGCCCUCUUUGUCAAUCCUGGAUUCACGAAGCGCAUCAUCGGUCUCAAAAAUGAGGAGUCCGAUGCGCUCCUCAAGCUGCUUUUCAAGCAUAUCACGUUUGGACAGGACUUCCAGGUCCGCAUCAAGUGGGAGGAGGGGACCGUGGCAUUGUGGGAUAACCGCGUGACUUCCCAUACUGCCAUCUCCGACUACAACGUGCACAACCCUCAGGAGGGAUUGAGGCACGGUAUACGGCUCACGACAUUGGCGGAUAAGCCAACGGGUGUCAACGGUCUAGAGUCUACUUGGGAGUAA